AGAGGGCGAAAAGUCAGAGAGUUAUCAAUCUCCAUUAGGCUAAAGUUGCAUUAUUCAUUUUUAAGUGUUGGGUUUUUCAAUAACCUCUUUUGAUGAAAGUAUGAUCAAGCAAUUCUUGGAGGACGGCACAAAUAGUGGCCCUUAAUUUCUUUCCACCCUGUACAGGACAGGACAUUCCAUAUGUGGCUUUUACGCACUAUUUUUCUUAAAAAAGUAAAGAAAAAAAUAUAGAAAUUCAUCUCGCACUUGUUACGUUUCAAUUUUUAACGAAUUCCCUUAAUUUGACAAUCUCUUCCUUUGAAUAAAUGCAUUCAUUGGCAUUAAUAGGUAACUCAAGUGUACUAUACUUUUUCUAUCAUUUAAAACGCAAGUUUUUGGAUCAAAUUCCCUUCGAUUUUCAAACAAUGAGGCUAUUACCUAUCAAGACCACUCAUCUACGUUGCAUUUCUUCAAAAUGCUUUAAAAUCAACUGUACUUCCGUUCACUUCUAAAACAGGACUGGAUGAUCCACUAAGCUAAGCAAUGACCAAUGGUUUCGUAUAAAACAGGAGGGGUGGAUUGGAAAAGGCAUCACUUUGUCUUUGGACUCUGACCAAUUAUCACACUCUGAAAAUGAAGGUCCUGGCUCUUGUGCUUUUGAUUGCGGCUGUGGCUGUGGCUGACAACCCUCCCCGGUAUGAGUCCAAUGAGUAUCCUGAUGCGGCUCCAGUGUACAAUUUCAGAUAUGAGGUGGACAACAAUGAACACUAUGAGCCUCAACAAUUCAACCAAGAGGAAGACCGCAAUGGUUAUGAGACCCAUGGCCAAUACUCAGUUCUUCUCCCUGAUGGUCGUACUCAAACUGUGACCUAUCAAGUCAACGGGGAUUCUGGAUUUGUGGCCGAUGUAGCAUAUGAGGGUGAGGCCAAGUACGAGCCCUAUCAACCCAAGAAGCCUGCUCCUCCCAAGUAUGAGCCUGCUCCCACUUAUGCUCCCAAGCCCGCCCCCACCUAUCCUCCUCCACCUCCACCCAAAUAUGAACCCGCUCCCACCUAUGCCCCCAAGCCUGCUCCCACUUACCCUCCUCCUCCCCCACCUGCAUACAAGCCUGCCCCUACCUACCCGCCCAAGCCUGAGCCCACCGAUGCGCCCAAGAGAGAGUAUGGCCCUGUCAAGUUCAACCCUUUUGGUGAGCAAAUGCGUCAGCUCUGCCACUCCAUGAAGCAAGUCUUCGUCGCUCUUUCUGCUAUGGCUGCCGUGGCCUUGGCUGAUAAUCCCCCCUACCAAUCGUACAACCCCAAACCCUCUUACCAACAAUCGUACGAUUACCCUGACACCGACCCCAUCUACAACUUCAACUACAAUGUGUACAACCAAGAGGGGUAUGAGCACCAAAAAUUCAACCAACAAGAAGACCGUAACGGCUACGAGACCCACGGCGAGUACUCUGUCGAGCUCCCUGAUGGCCGCACUCAAAUCGUCACCUAUCAGGUCAAUGGUGAUUCCGGUUUCAUCGCUGACGUGAGGUACGAAGGUGAGGCCAAGUAUGAGCCUUACACUCCCAAGGCCUACAAACCUGCCCCUGCCUACAAGCCGGCUCCCACCUACCAACCCGCUCCUACUUACAAGCCUGCCCCCACCUACAAGCCUGCUCCCACCUAUAAGCCCGCACCCACGUACAAACCCGCUCCCACCUACAAGCCCGCACCCACCUACAAGCCAGCCCCAGCCUACAAGCCCGCUCCUGCUUACAAGCCUGCCCCUGCUUACAAGCCCGCCCCUGCUUACAAGCCAGCUCCCACUUAUGCUCCCAAGCGUGAAUACGGGCCAGUCAAGUUCAACCCCUUCGGUUAAUUUGUCCUGACACGAGCUGUUUAUUUAUUUCCUAAAUAUUUGUCUAAAUAAACGAACCAGCCAUAUUUAACAUAUUCAA